UCCACCAUUGGUGGGGAGGAACGACGGAAGCCUGCAAUCCUCAAUUGAGCUUCCAAUACAAAAAUCAUCAAUUGGCAGCUGGUGCAGCAAAAUCGCCAAGAUGAAUAUAUCGUCCUCUCCCAUCCAUAUCCCUUUCCGCCAUCCCUCCUACCAAUGUAUCCGCCGUCAAACAAAACGCUUAACCCGCAUUCCACCUGGAAAUGGCCAGCAAAGCCAGUUACAUCAACACCAGCGCCGCCAUUUAUCCGCAAGGGCCCCGGCUCCCUUGCCGCGGUUUACCGUGAAUCCCCAACGAAGAGCCGGUGCUCAGGAUCCCACCAACCCUGUGCAACGAUAUAAGCGGAGCAUCGCCUUCUGCGCUGUUGGAAUUGUCGCCUCUGCCCUUGGCAUGUAUGCUAUCAUUAGUACAUCAGGGUUAGACAAGAACGUCCCGAACAGCAAAACCGGCGCGCAGUCGUCAUCGACAUCAGAUAGAGGCUAUGACAGAGGCAAAAUUAUCAAACUCGAGGGUCCAACCGGCCUCACAGAGAACCCUACAACCACGAUCAUCGACGGCAUAGAGCAAGUUCCUACGGGGAACUCCACAAUUCCCACCUUUCCCAAAACCAUCAGACUCCCCCGCGAUGGCGCUCAAGCACUGUCCGCAGGUGGACGAGCAGGCGACGAGUUCCCCCCUGACUCUCAGACGGAAGAAUACACCCUACUUGGCCUAGGCAUCCGCGCCGUUUCGUUCCUCAGCGUCCAGGUCUACGUCGUGGGCCUUUAUAUCGCCAGUUCAGACAUCGCAGCUCUACAGCAGCAUCUCGUCAGGCAAGCUGCGACACCCGUCAGCGCCUCUACGGCCAAUGAAAGUGCUGUGACAGCCACCUCACUCGUUCCUGGCGAGCGGGACGCGCUGAAGCAGAUACUGCUGGACCCGGAGCAGGGACAGGAGGCCUGGAACGAGAUCCUCAGGGAUACCCACCUACGCACUGCGUUGCGAAUCGUGCCCACGAGGAACACGGAUUUCCUUCAUCUCAGGGACGGAUGGGUGCGAGCCAUCACAGCGCAGGCGCAGAGUGCAAAUGCGCGGGCGAAGGAGGUUGAGGUUGCAGCGAAGCGGGGUUCAUCGAUACCAGCCGGUGCUCUGGUGGCUUCUGAGUUUGAGGAUGACAGCUUUGGCAUUGCGCUUAAUGACUUCAAGUCGCUGUUCGGGGGCGGGGUGAGGAAGAAUGUGCCCAAGGGCCAGAUUCUGUAUUUGCUCCGGAAUAGAGUGGGGGGGUUGGAGACGAUGUUCCAUGCCGGGCAUGGGAAGCCGGUGGUUUGGCUGGGUGCGAUGCAAGAUGAGCGUGUAAGUCGACUGCUGUGGAUGGCGUAUCUGGCAGGGAAGAAAGUGGCUAGUGAGGGGAUGAGGAGUAGCGUGGUUGAUGGGGCUAUCGGGAUUGUAGAGAGGCCGGUUGGGACUGUCGAGCAGAGAGUUGCAUGAUGCUACGAUUUAAGUGCGGGCCGCAGCAAUGAUGCAUUUGGUUUGUUUUUCCUGGGUAUGUAUCAUUGGAUUAAAAAUUCAGCAUUCCGACUUGCAAAUUUCCCCCUUUUUUGGUUGAGGACAUGUAUAAUAUAUGCUUCGAGUUGAUAUAUUUUUCUACCUGUAUAACACUCACAAUUAGACGUCCCUAGCAAAUUUG